UUCCCUGAGUCAUUGUCCGAAAUGCUCGUCUGAGAACGCGGUAGCGGAAUCGGAGGAGGAGAAGGGGAAGUGAGACGCCGGCCGGCGAUAAAGCUCCGGUGGGACGACGGAGAUGGUCUUCAAGACCCGCUUCUUCUCGUCUUCCAAGAAGUCCGAUUCGUCUGGAAGUAGCCCACGCACCCCUACCCGAUCGGAGAAGAAGAAAUCCAAGCCCUCACCUACCGCUGUGUCUGCCGAAGCUGCCUCCUCUGGAAGCGGAGGUGGAGGAUGUCGGCAGACCUUUGUGAGAGAUCCUGCCAAGAAGCAACCACAGCAGCAGCAGGAUCAGAAGAAGGAUAAGGGUUUUAAGGGUGAGGAGCCGGCUGCGGUGGUGGCGGCGGCGGCGGCUAGGUCGCGGACAGCCCCCGCGAAGUUGAAGAAAGGGACGGUGAUCAAGGAUGGGGCAGAGGCGGGGUCUCUGUCCCCGAUCAUGGCUUCAUCGUUGGGAUUGAACCGGAUCAAGACGAGAUCCGGCCCUCUGCCGCAGGAGGGGCAUCGGUCCGAGCAUAGGAUCGCGGUUCUUGGGACAAGUAACUUGGGCAGGAGUUCGGCUGAUGGGUGCUCGACCUCGGGUUCGUCGGCGUCCAAGGGGCUGGGGCUAGGUUCAGCGGCGGGGAAGAGUAGUGGGAAGAAGAAGGAUGGUUGGGGGUUGGAGAAGGUUCCAGAGUCGCACGCGAAGGAGUGGGGAGGUACUGAGGUCCGGUUAGGGCAGCAGUUGAGGAAUGGCGAGUCUUCUGCUGCCCAGAUGGGAAAAAUUGCUUCUUCUUGGAGUCAUUCCGGAGAGUUAAGAAGUUCUGCCGGUGGCAAGUUGGAAGCUGAGUUAUCAUAUGAUGGCUGUGAAAUACCAAAGGAGUCUGAAUCUCCUCGUUUUAAAGCCAUUAUGCAGGCUACAAGUGCUCCUAGGAAGAGGCAUCCUACAGACAUAAAAAGCUUUUCACAUGAGUUGAACUCUAAGGGAGUGAAACCAUAUCCAUUUUGGAAACCAAGAGGCUUAUAUAAUCUAAAGGAAGUUCUGGAAGUCAUUCAAGUAAGAUUUGAGAAAGAAAAGGAAGCAGUUAACUCAGAAUUGGCUGUUUUUGCUGGGGAGUUGAUUGGCAUAAUGGAAAAGAAUGCUGAAGGCCAUCCUGAGUGGAAGGAAACUUUGGAAGAUUUGUUGUUGCUUGCUCGGAGCUGUGUUGUUAUGACUCCGAAUGAGUUCUGGCUCCAAUGUGAAGGCAUUGUUCAAGAUUUGGAUGAUCGUCGUCAGGAAGCCCCUAUGGGGGUGCUGAAGAAACUGCAUACCCGCAUGCUUUUUAUCCUGACACGUUGUACCAGAUUGAUCCAGUUCCACAAGGAAAGUGGGUUCGCCGAAGAUGAACUUAUUUCUGAUCUUCCAGAACCAAAGAUCGCAUAUUCUGCUGAUAAAAAGAUUUUAUCAAGAUCAGAAAGGGACAAUAAAGAUGCUGUCUCUUCAAAAGGCACUACUGAUGCAGCUGCUUCAAGGAAAUCUUACAGUCAGGAACAACAUAGUCUGAAAUGGAAAACAAGCCAUGAGAUAAAACCUUUAAAUUUUUUCUCACCUCUUGAAGUAGAAAAUGCAAAGGAUGUGGAUUCUUCUCCAACCAGGGAUCGCAUAGCUUCUUGGAAACCUCUUCCUUCACCUGCAGUGAAACCCCAAAAAGAGAGUAGUCCAGUGGAAGAUGUACUUUCUGACAGGAAAUCUGAGCCCUUGCAGCAUUCAACUAAUCGGGGAAUUACUGGUGAACUCACAACAAAUAAUCUUCCUGAAUUACCUAGUUCGGAAGAUUCUUCUGUGCAUACUUCAGCUCCUUCAAAGCAUCAACACAAAAUUUCUUGGGGAUACUGGGCAGAUCAGCAGAAUAUUUCUGAAGACGAUUCAAUAAUGUGCCGCAUUUGCGAAGAAUAUGUUCUGACUUCUUUUGUGGAGGACCAUUUAAAAAUAUGUGCUGUUGCUGAUAGGUGUGAUCAGAAAGGUUUAAGCGUCGAUGAGCGUCUUAUCAGGAUUGCAGAGACCCUUGAGAAGAUGAUAGAGACGUACUCGCAGAAAGACCUGUAUAAUGCUGGUGGAAGCCCAGAUGUUGCGACAAAGAUUUCUAACUCUAGUGUCACUGAAGAAUCUGAUGUUCUUUCUCCAAAACUUAGUGACUGGUCUCGGAGAGGGUCUGCAGACAUGCUUGAUUGUCUGCCAGAGGCUGAGCACACUAAUUUCUUGGAUGACCUGAAGAGCCUUCCAUCAAUGACUUGCAAGACUCGAUUUGGGCCAAAGUCUGAUCAAGGGAUGGCCACGUCAUCAGCAGGAAGCAUGACUCCUAGGUCUCCUUUAAUGACACCCAGAACCAACCAUAUAGAUAUGCUUUUGGCAGGGAGAAGUGCACUUUCUGAAAGUGAAGAUAUCCCACAGAUUAUUGAACUUGCUGACAUUGCUCGAUGCAUUGCAAGGACAGCCGUGGAUGAAGAGCUUUCUUUGUCAUACUUGGUAUCAUGUGUGGAAGAUCUACAAGAGGUAAUCAGUCGCAGAAAGCAUGAGGCACUUACAGUGCAGACCUUUGGAGCCCGCAUAGAAAAACUUCAUAGGGAAAAAUACUUGCAGCUUUGUGAUGCAGUUGAUGCUGAAAAAGUUGAUGCAACAAGCACUGUAAUGGAUGAAGAUGACGAUGUUGUUCGUAGCUUGAGAACAAGUCCUGUUCACCCCAUCAAUAAGGAGAGGACAUCAAUUGAUGAUUUUGAGAUAAUUAAACCAAUCAGUCGUGGAGCUUUUGGACGUGUUUUCUUGGCAAAGAAGAGAACCACUGGAGAUCUCUUCGCAAUAAAGGUUCUAAAGAAGGCAGAUAUGAUCCGCAAAAAUGCUGUUGAGAGUAUUUUAGCUGAACGUGACAUCCUAAUAUCAGUACGGAAUCCUUUUGUGGUGCGAUUUUUCUAUUCUUUUACAUCUCGAGAGAACUUAUACCUUGUGAUGGAGUAUUUAAAUGGAGGUGACCUUUAUUCCCUGCUAAGAAAUUUAGGUUGCUUGGACGAGGAGGUUGCUCGCAUAUAUAUAGCAGAAGUUGUCCUUGCUUUGGAGUAUUUACAUUCAUUGCGUGUUGUCCAUCGAGAUCUGAAGCCAGAUAAUCUGCUAAUUGCACAUGAUGGUCAUAUCAAGUUGACAGAUUUUGGACUUUCAAAAGUUGGUCUCAUCGACAGUACUGACGAUCUAGCUGGUCCGGCUGUUAGUGGAGCAUCACUUCUUGGAGAAGAUGAACCUCAGUUCUCUGAAACUGAGCAGCUGCAUCAGCGAGAACGGAGGAAGAAACGCUCUGCUGUUGGGACCCCUGAUUAUCUGGCGCCAGAGAUUCUUUUAGGAACAGGGCAUGGUGCUACUGCUGAUUGGUGGUCUGUUGGUGUUGUUCUUUUUGAGCUAAUUGUUGGAAUUCCACCCUUCAAUGCGGAACAUCCACAGAUAAUUUUUGAAAAUAUUCUGAACCGUAAAAUUCCUUGGCCCCAAGUACCUGAAGAGAUGAGUUUUGAUGCUCAAGAUCUGAUUGACAAACUGUUGACUGAAGAUCCUAAUCAAAGACUUGGAGCAAAAGGAGCCUCUGAGGUGAAGAAACAUCCAUUUUUUAAAGAUAUUAAUUGGGACACUCUUGCCAGACAGAAGGCUGCUUUUGUUCCCUCUUCAGAAAGUGCCCUUGAUACAAGCUACUUCACCAGUCGUUAUUCCUGGAAUCCAUCUGACCAAAAUAUUUAUGAGGCGAGUGAGUUUGAAGAUUCUAGUGAUAACGGCAGUAUAAGUCGUAGCAGUAGUUGUGUAAGCAAUCGUCAUGAUGAACUGGGGGAUGAGUGUUUGGGUCUCACUGAGUUUGAAUCCAGCCCAGCAGUGAACUAUUCAUUCAGUAAUUUUUCAUUCAAGAACCUGUCGCAGCUUGCAUCUAUCAACUAUGACUUGCUCUCCAACAAGGGUUCGAAGGACGUACUACCAACAAACCCUGGCUCUUGACUGUUAUGAAGUUGCCACCUUAUGACUGAGCGAGGCAAUAUUGGUAGCUCAUGUACAGCCUGUAAAUACAUAGGAGCUCAGUGCUGCAUGCACCUCCUGAGAUGUUACUUCCAUAUAUAAUAUGCUACCUCCCUUCUCAUGGAGCCACAGUUUUCCGUGGUUUAAUUUCUUCGGUUUCUUGCCUUGCCUAUGAUGUAAUGAGGUCUAUUUGUCAACAGCUCUUUUGCAUGUACAUGUGACUGAACAGAGCACCUUUCAUCAGUGGUUACUUCAACAAAGUUUAUGAGAAUGCGAGGCUAAUAUGUUAUAUUUCGCGACAUUUCUCUGCAAUCCAGUUUACAGGGUGUUUCUAAUGGAGGUUCGACUUCCAUUCGCCCCCGCCUCACUUUUGAUUAUUAAAUACUUGAGAAGGCAUUCAGCAUCAAUCAAUCAACAAGCGCAUGCUUUUUCGGUAAGACAGGUAAAUUGCUCUCAAACCCACCACCACCGAUUUGCUUAUAAAAGCUAUUACUAAGAAGUUAUGUAUGUGUUCUGGAGAGCCUGGAAGGAGGGUUAAGGAUAAAAAGGCUGUCUCCAUUUAAAUUAUAAUUACUUAUUUGUGUGGAUGACAAUAGAGUUAUUUUGUAAUUUUUUUUUGUUCGUUUUUUUGUAAUUUUGUGAUCCUUUUUAUCAUUGUGCCGAGUUGCUAUUUUCCAUUGUUGGGAAAGAAAUGCAGGUUUAAUAUA